UCGGUGAUCCGAGGGCAGGCGGGCAGUUGCGUGCUUCGGCUCUGCCGAGCUCACGAUCACGACAAGCUGAACUGUGGAGCUUGUGGUAGUAGACGGACGGGAUUUUACCUGGAGCAGUGGAUCGGAUAAUAAUGUGCAUGCCUCGAGGCUCUUCCAGCUAUAUCUUCAGUGCCAUGUUUGCGAGCAACCCGACUUGGGAUACGACCACCAGCGAUGACCGUCAAAAUGCGACCUUCGGUCCUCAUCAUAGGUUGCGGCCCCGCAGGUCUGGGAGCCAUUGAGCAGUUCAAGCGUAAAGGUUUCGAUGUCGUGGCGUACGAGGCACGCGACAGUGUAGGUGGUCUCUGGAACUUUGACCCAACGCCGCCACCAUGCCGAAUCUCUUUCGACGAGGCUGGCCAUGCCGUUGCUCUGACAGACCUGGAACGGUCUGGUAAGCCAGCGCCGGCUCCAACCCCUAUAUAUGCUGGCGUCACGGCCAACACGCCUCGAGAUAUCAUGCCAUAUCGCUCGCACCCUUAUGCCCAAGGCACAGCAGAGUCUCCAACGUAUGACGUUAUCUAUCGGUAUCAACAAAACCACGCCGCCACCUACGCCAGUCACAUCAAACUCAACCGGGUGGUCACUCGGGUACGGCAUACACCCCCUGAUCGUGCUUCAAGCAAAAGAUGGCUCAUAGAGUGGUCGCCAUCUGCGACCAGCAAGUCGCCAGAUGUGGGAAAGAUCUUUGAAGAAGAGUUUGACAAUAUCGUUGUCGCGAACGGAUCGGAUUCUAGGCCAUUCAUCCCAUGGAUUGACAACCUGUGGGCCUGGAAAGGGGAAAUUUUGCACUCAAGAUGGUACCGACAGGCGAAAGCGUUUGCUGGAAAGACCGUGAUGGUGAUGGGCGCCGGACCCUCGAGUGCGGAUCUUGUGCGAGAAUUCGGCAUGCUUUGUGUCGAAGAGUCGCCCCUGGCACCACGCCGAGUGUACCGUUCUCUCAGAAGCAAGCCUCGGUAUGACACCGAACGCGAGAAAGGAUGGACCGAAUAUAUCAAGAAUGUUGCACCAAUACGGACCGUCGAGCCACCCUCUCUCGAUUCCGGUACUGGUAGGAUCAUCACUGUCUCGGAAGAGAUUCUGGAUGACGUGGACGUGAUUGUAUUUGCUACCGGAUUCCUUUUCCGCUUUGAGUUCUGCCUCCCGUCGGACUCUCCAUUCGAUAAAGCACCCUUGCUGAGGGACCCGUAUGUCCCUCAAGAGCAUCGCCGACCACCAAAGAACUUGGUGGGUCAGGCUACUCUGGAAGGCGGGCACCGCGUUCAUCAUCUCGAUGCACACCAGAUCUUCUACCUACCGGAUCCCACACUCGCAUUCUUACUGCUCCACGCCGAAGCCAUCCCCUGGCCGUUUUCCGAGAUGCAAGCUCGAGCAAUAGCGGCCUACUGGUCGGGUACGCCACUCGAGCUGACACCUCAUCUAGAAGAGGAGUCAGAUUCGCAUUCGACCUUGAUUCUCGGCCAUCCGGGAGAAUUCGAAUAUGCUGAGAGGUUGCUUAGCCUGAUUGGCGAAGGAGGACCAGAGGAAGUUGACGCUGAAGAGCGAUGGGGAGCGUGGCCGGCCUGGAAGCAGCAUAUUCGGGAGCUUAUCGACUAGAAACCGUCUCGGUAAGGCACGAUGAGUGUUCAAUUCCAUUAUUACAUCUGCCCACUGUUCAUACGUAUCUCGGUCAGAGAUUCUGCGCUGUAGCAUGGUAGUGGGUUGCAAGGGCAGUAUGAGUUUUCAUGGGUCAUGGGAAACGAAGAAGUUCCGAGUUUUUAGACAACGACAGUGGAUUGGCUAAAACGAGUAUGAAGCAAUUGGUUAUGAUAUAUUAGAAGCUCCUACCAUUUGCUAAUCAAUCCGUCGUUUAGAAAUGAAAAGCUGUCCCCCCAC